AUGCUUCACGACAAUUUGAAGUCGCUCAAUUUUCGCCAGAGCUACACGGACAGCUGCUUUUACAAUCAAGAGGAUAUCAAGGGCUACACGGACAGCUGCUCAUACAUUCAAGAGGAUAUCAAGGGCAAGACACUCGUGGGCAUAUAUGUGGAUGAUUUACUAGCUACGGGUACCAGUGUAAAGAAGGUUGACGAGUUCUUUAAUGGCAUGAAGGUUGUUGAGCUUAAGGAUCUCGGCGCCGUUGCCAAGUUUCUUGGCAUCGUUUUUGACUAUGAUGUCGAAUCCGGCUGGGAAUUAGACCAGGAAUUUGUCAUCGAAGAAUUGCUGGAGAAGUUUGGGUUGUCCAAAUCAGCAACAGUGAGAGUGCCGAUCGGUGGAGAAGAUGGAGAAGACGGCGAUGCAGACAAAGCACUGCUACCGUCGGGAGGCAGCGGCACAGCACAGACACCGUCUGCUCAGAUGUCCCAGUCGAUGGUGGGUAAUCUCCUGUGGUUCGCCCGGUGGACGAGCCCCGAUAUCGUGUUUGCAGUACACCGAGCGACCCGACGUUCGCAUGCGCUGAGCAAAGAAGGAGUGCUUGUCGAAGCUUUCAGCGACGCUGAUUACGCAGCGGACAAAAGUACCCGCAAAUCAGUGAGCGGUGGCGUGUUAAUGGUGGGCGGCAUGAUUGUGGGCUGGCUACGCAAGAAACAAAAUUGCGUGGCCCUAUCUACAAUGGAUGCUGAGUUCGUGGCGGCUUCUCAAACUGCCGCUGAGAUGGUGGGCAUCAUGGAGCUACUAAAAGAGAUCGGUGUGAUGAUAAAAACGGAUUCAAUACUUCACGUCGACAAUCAAGCAGCGAUAGCUCAGAUCAAGAGUGAGGUACGUCUGGUCGAGCCAAGCAUAUUGACGUGA